CCCCCGCCCCGUCGGGUUGCCUCCGCCAAAGGUGUACCCGGUGAUCCAUGGUGGACAACACCGCGGUGUUCUCCGUGUGGGAGCCGGACUUUUUGCGGAGGGAGUUGAGGCUAACCAUCCUUACGAUCCCUGAUUCUUGGUCGACAAGAUAUAAAUCUUUGAAUGCAGAGGCGGCGUCUUCCAGGGUGUAGUUGCUCCUCCGGCCCUGGUCGUUGCCGGGGCAUCUGCACUGAUUCGCCAUGGCGAGCGAGAAGGGGCCUAUCGACAGGAUCAGGAAGAGAAUACCGUAGAGACAUGGGAAUACAAGCUGCUUGAGCUGGUGAUUGGCCAUUGUUUCCCCCCACAUACCUAAGCUAAGCUCUCCCUCUACUUAGUCACCAAUUAAGCUUGCUUGCCUGAUAGUACUAGUGAGUCGUUGGCUUAUUUAUGCUACGGUGCACCCGACCCGAGUCCCUGCACUACCUACUUUUUUUUUCUUUUUUUCUUGCAGCAGCAGCAACAACAGGUACGUUUGGGAGGAAAUUGGGGGAGCAAGGCGUGAGAAUACAUCCAGAGGCCAGGGGCUGAGCACAGCCUGGAUCGAGUGACAGUCGGAGAAGAUUCAGCAGGCUAGAUGAUGUCGCCAAGACGACUAGCCCGGAAUUGAAGCCCGCAGCAGGAGUAAUCUCCAUGAACCGAGUCGUGGGAUGGGCAUCUGACGGAGUCGAGGAAGGUGUUAGCGCGUCUUAUGGGUGGCACAACCGAAUAAUAAACUCUUUUCUUAACGACUUGGUAACAAAGGAUUUUGUUAAAUAUUGAAGACGUUGUUUGCAGUCUCUCUCGCAAUGUCUCUCUUUUCGCUACUCCAACUCUCCGAGACAUGCGUCACUUCGUCAGCGUUUGAUUGGCCGGGCAGAGUCUCCGGCCCGCAUGCUGGUGUUAGCGUUAACUCAAAACUAUAUAUUCCCGGUGAAGUCCCGGUCUUCAGAAUGCAACUGACACUAUAUUGAACCGAAUUAUAUUCAUUAAUUAAGCAAGGAGUAAAAAUGUAAAGUACUACUGUAGACAAGUGUUCAAAGGUAAACAGCUAAUAUGACCCAAGGGGAGAAACAAUAAGGGAGGUCAGACCAUCUACGAGUAGUUGCCUUCAAAGCACUUCCUGUGGACAGCCAAGAGAAGCUGGGAGUGAUCGGUGUGACUUGUAACUUGUGAGGGUGUCCAACAAAAAAACACUCUAACGAAGGCAUUGCUUCAGAGUAUAGCUGGACAUGGUGGGGGCGGGCUCGGGCCUCACUUUUCAGUCACAAGUCCAGCCCAAAAACCCGAAAUGAACUAAAACGGGUAUUUUAGAAAAAAAUAGGUAUAGAAAGUUAUUUAUUUAUUUCAAAAAUAAUUAUUUUAAUGUUUAAAGGGUCUAUUUUCGGGAUUAGGCUUCAGGUUUGACCGGGUUUGCCCCAGGUAUACUACGUUGGAUCUGAAAUAAACGGUCGGGUUGAGUUGAACCGUAUCGUAUGGGUCGGUGCUGCGGCCUGACGGACCGGACGCCGGCGGAUGGACUGACUAGCCAAGAAGAGCCCUAAAAUUUCCCCCCAAAUCUCUCAAAUCCGUUGCUCUUCUGAGCAAAUCGGCUCAAGAAUCUCCACGAGACCUCGAGGGAGGGGAGGGAUCCGGCCCAUCUCGUCGGCGGCGGCGGCUGUGGCGGAGAGUCGGGGAAGAUGAAUCCCCUGACGCAGGUGAAGCGGACGCAGGUGAUAAACCAGAAGGAGGCGGCGCUGGGCCUCAGCGAGGACGCCUCGUGGCACGCCAAGUUCAAGGACUCCGCCUACGUCUUCGUCGGCGGCGUCCCCUACGACCUCACCGAGGGCGACCUCCUCGCCGUCUUCGCGCAGUACGGCGAGGUGGUCGAUGUGAACCUCGUGCGCGACAAGGCCACCGGCAAAUCCAAGGGAUUCGCCUUCGUCGCCUAUGAAGACCAGAGGAGCACGGUUCUUGCUGUCGAUAACCUGAAUGGAGCUAAAGUUCUUGGGAGGAUCAUAAGGGUUGACCAUGUGGACAAGUACAAGAAGAAGGAGGAGGAGGACGAGGAUGAGCUGCAGAAGAAGAGGGAGGAGCGCGGCGUGUGCUAUGCUUUCCAGAAAGGCGAGUGCAACCGCGGAGAUGCGUGCAGAUACUCUCAUGAUGAGCAGAGAAAUGCAAACACUGGUUGGGGUUCUAAGGAGGAUAUCAACCCCAAAUGGGAGCAUGACAGACACCGUGAUCCACCAAAUAAGGGGGAGUUCCGUGGCGUCUGCUACGCUUUCCAGAAAGGUGAAUGCAGUCGUGGAGAUUCCUGCAGAUUUUCGCAUGAUGAGCAGGUAGCUGUCCAGGCUCGUGGUAUCUGCUAUGCUUUCCAGAAAGGCGAGUGCAAUCGUGGAGCUUCCUGCAGAUUUUCACAUGAUGAAGAGAGAAAUGCAGAUGCUGGUCGGAGUUCUAAGGAGGACAGGAAUGCAAGACGGGACCAGGACAGACACCUUGAUCCACCAAAGAGCCAUAAAAAAUUCCCCUCAAGUGCCGCUGACCAAAGUUUCCCUGACAGGACUGAAGAAGAGUCGAGACCAGCGAAUAGGGAAGGUCAAUCUUCAAGAUCAGAGGUGUACAGAGACCGAGAUUCUAGGGUGAAACAUGGUGAUAGAAGCACAAAAGAUAGUGACAGGCGGCAUGAAAAAUCUCCCGAGAGAUCCAGAGGCGAGAGACACAGAAGCGAUGACAGAUAUAUGCAAGAAAGAGAAGAACGAUCUGAGAGCAAGCGGUCAAGGAACGACAGAGAUUCUGGUGGCCGUUACGAAAGGAGGGGUGAUGAAGAGGCAGAACGGUAUGGGAAAUCGUGGAGAUGAAACUCGGGUUUGUCAGGGCAGCCAUUGCCAUUGCUGCUCUAGUCUGUUUGAUGUUUCUACUUGUACACGAUGAACAAUUUUGAUAACUCCUUUGAUUUUUGGUACUAGUAAAAGUCCAGAUUACAUCUGCUGAUUUUUUUCUUUCUGUGGAUUUGAACAUACUGGUUCACAGAGAUGAGUUGUCACAUUAAUCUGGUAAAUUUUGUACCGGUUUGGAUAAUUUUACCAGUCAGUAGAAUUUCGUGGCA